GUAUUGGCGCCCACACAAAUCUGACGUGCUGAUCAAUCAUCUGAUUACAGCAACGGUGCCUUGAUUUCAGUGCUUCCUAAAAUGACCGGUCCGGACCCCGCUUCCACUGCCAUCGUCUGCAUCGAGUUCCAAAAUGAGUUCGCGACGCCGGGUGGCAAGUUACACGAUGCAGUGAAGCCUGUAAUGGAGAGCACCGGUAUGCUGGAAAAAACGGUGAAGCUGACGGAAGAGGCUCGCAAGCGGGGUAUCACCAUCAUUCAUGCUCCCAUUGUCUUCUCUGACGACUACCGGGAACUGUCCUCAGCGCCGUACGGCAUUCUGGGCAACGUUAAGGCGGGCGGUUGCUUCAAGGCCAGCGGGUGGGGCGGUGCCAUCUGUGACGCCAUGAAGCCGGCGGAGGGGGACGUGGUGGUGGAGGGCAAGCGGGGGCUGUGCGGCUUCGCAUCCACAAACCUGGACUUCAUCCUGCGCCAACGCGGCGUCCGCACCGUGGCGCUGUCCGGCUUCCUGACCAACUGCUGCGUGGAGUCCACGAUGCGCUCCGCCUACGAGCGCGGCUACCAGGUCAUCACCCUCACCGACUGCUGCGCGGCCACCAGCCAGGAGCAGCAGGACGCCGCAGUCAAGUUCACGUUCCCCAUGUUCUCCAACCCCAUGACCGCGGAUGAGUUCCUGGCCAAGUUUGAGGCUGGCAAGUGAGUACUGGAGUGACGUGGCUCGUCCAGAGAGCAGCAAAGGGUCUAAGACAGGGUGUGACCCAGAAGUGGUAGGGUAAGGAGCUUUGGAUAGGUGAACGACGGAGGCUAAGGCUAUGGAGUGUGGAGUAUGGGCCAUUGCGGUCAGGCAUCAGGUGCGCUUGGCUUGAAGUGUUAUAGGUAUGUGCAGACGCCGUGCACAGUGCACUUGCCUGCAAUUGGCAGUUCAACCGGGCUCAAGUUUGCGUCUGUGCCACAGGCCUGUGUGCCACGUUCUUUCAGGGUGGGUGGUGGCACGGUUCGCUGCCCUCAGGCGUCUGCAACUCCCACGUAUGCUGGACAACCCACGCUCCAAGUGCUUGUAACUGGCACGGUGU